GCUGAGAUCACGUGUUGGUCUUGCCGCGAACUGCACGCUGAUUGUCCACAGCGGCACUGAACGGUCGCAUUGCUGUCGCUGCACUGACUAACUGGACCAACUGCCACAUUUAGAUCAACACUGCCAAACUGAAGAACUACUUUAUAGCAGCUAUGCCUCCUCCACUUCGCCAUCGCUCAAUGCGUAUCUUUGUAAACGACGACCGCCAUGUGAUGGCCAAGCACUCUGCCGUCUAUCCCACCCAGGAGGAGCUGGAGGGGGUUCAGAAUAUGGUGUCCCACACCGAGCGAGCCCUCAAGGCCGUCUCCGAUUGGCUGGAUGAGCAAGAGAAAGGAAAUGCCAAACCGACCGUCUUGGAGGCCGAUGGAGAUGUGGAGAAAGAGACUGAGCCGAAGUCCGUGGAUCAGCCCACUCGUUCCCUGCGUGGAGUGAUGCGUGUGGGUCUGGUUGCCAAAGGUCUGCUGCUUAAGGGAGACCUUGACCUGGAGCUUGUUCUGUUAUGCAAAGACAAGCCUACCAUCACCCUGCUGAAGAAAGUGGCCGAGAACCUUGCAGUGCAGCUUCAGCUCAUCACGGAAGAAAAAUACGAUGUCCAGCCAUGUGUCCAUGAUGCCACCAUCGUCAUCAAAAACUCUAAAGAACAACCGUUGACCCUCACCAUUAACCUGACUUCACCGCUCGUGAGGGAGGAGGCUGAGAAAGAGGCAGCUGGAGAAACGCUAUCAGUCAUCGAUCCCCUGGAUGUUCUGGACAGGCAGAAAUGCCUGACUGCUCUGGCGUCCCUCCGCCACGCCAAGUGGUUCCAGGCCAGGGCUAAUGGACUGCGCUCCUGUGUGAUUGUCAUCCGUAUCCUGAGGGACCUGUCUGCUCGUGUUCCCACCUGGGCCCCUCUCCGAGGAUGGCCCUUAGAACUUUUGUGCGAGAAAGCGAUUGGCACUGGCAACCGGCCAAUGGGAGCAGGAGAAGCUCUCCGCAGAGUUCUGGAGUGUCUUGCCUCUGGUAUCCUCCUGGCAGAUGCUUCCGGCAUCUGUGACCCUUGCGAAAAGGAACCAACAGAUGCCAUUGGUCACAUGAAUCGCCAGCAACGAGAGGACAUCACUCAAAGUGCUCAGCAUGCUUUAAGGCUUUCAGCUUUUGGACAGCUGCACAAAGUACUCGGCAUGGACCCACUGCCCUCGAAAAUGCCCAGGAAACCACGGAGUGAAACCCUUAUUGACUACACAGUGCAAAUUCCACCCAGCACAACCUAUGUGCCGCCAAUGAAACGCCCCAUGGAGGAGGAGGAGACCAUGGACGAGAAGAAUCCAAACAAGAAAAAGAAGAAAUUGAAUAAGAAAUCCCCAGAAGAGAAGGCCGAACCACCGCAGGCAAUGAACGCCCUGAUGCGUCUCAACCAGCUGAAACCAGGGCUACAAUAUAAACUUAUCUCUCAGACUGGACCGGUCCAUGUGCCGGUGUUCACCAUGGCCGUAGAUGUGGAGGGAAAGACCUUUGAAGCCUCUGGGCCAUCCAAACGCACUGCAAAACUACAUGUAGCUGUUAAAGUCUUGCAGGAUAUGGGUCUGCCCACCGGAGAGCAGCCGAAGAUAGCUGAAUUAGUGAAGCAAGAUGAGAUAAUGAGCACACAAGAGACUGUACAGCCUCCAGUGACCCAAAUGGAGCCAGAGCCCAUACCUUCAACACCAACUAACAUGGACAAUACCACCGAUGAGAGUGCUCGACAACAGGGCCCCAUCCUCACCAAACAUGGAAAGAACCCUGUUAUGGAGCUGAAUGAAAAACGCAGAGGACUGAAGUACGAGCUCAUCUCCGAAACUGGCGGAAGCCACGACAAACGCUUUGUCAUGGAGGUGGAGAUCGAUGGACAGAAGUUUCAAGGUACAGGAUCCAAUAAGAAGGUCUCAAAAGCGUAUGCAGCUCUUGCUGCUCUUGAUAAACUGUUCCCAGAAGGCUCCAGUCCAGAACCAAACAAGAAGAAGAAAAUGGCUCCAAUGCACAACACUGGGUUUGGGAUGGUUGGUGGGUCACCUGCUGAUCUCACAGCCAAUCCCAGGGGCAGAGGAAGAGGGCGUGGCAGGGGGCGUGGCAGAGGAUUCAACAAUGGUGGAGGAUUUAAUCAAGGUGGAUAUGGAUCAUAUGGAUACGGAAACAACAACAACUCUGGCUACAGUGACUUUGUCUCAGACUGCUAUGGGUACCAUGAGUUUGCGACAUAAACAGUCCAAUGUUUUCAAUAAGCACGCAAAAACAUAACGCAAAAUAGAGACCCAGGGAUAAACACUUGGUUCCCCUCAUUAUGAACCCAUUUCCUUCGAUCUCAACUCACCUGCACCCAACAAUCAACUAACACAGUGGAUGUGAAGGGAAGAAUGCUGCCUUCAGUUGCUGUGGAAACGAAUGCAAUAAGACACUCUGCUAUUGGACGCUGCCCAACUCCUCACGCUGUGAUCAGUGCGAUUUAAGCAAUCUGAUUGGCUGUCACAAUAGUGGACUGAUGGCAGACUGAAAAUGCGUAAUAACUUUCUUCACCUCAACGCUGAAAUCACUGUAUAAAGACAUUUUUUUUUUUGUCUGGAUUAAUGUUACAAAUGGAUUACUUUUGGAUUAGUCACUUCUAUUUGUGUUGAAUGGCAGUUGUUUUUAAAGAGCAGGUUUGCUAACCGGCGGUGUGAGUAGGCACAGAUGUCCUGAAUUCUGUGAACCAAUGAACAAACGGGAUCUAAUUGCUGCCUUUUUAAUUGUUAAUUGUUUGUGGAUUUUUUUUUUUUAUAAUUUUUUUUUUUAAUAAAAGUAGUUUCUUUACAAAACUGUUAGGUCUAUGUAAAGACGUUUUUCUUAUUUAAUUUCUAAUUUUAAUAUACAAACAUUCAAAAGGUCUUGCAUUGUGUUUGUGAUUUUAGUUGGGACUUUUUCUAACAUUUUUAAUCAAUUUAUUUCUACAUUUGUAUCCUCCCAAAAGGCAUAUGGCCUCUUCAAUCCGAUAAAACAAAUCCUUUAUGUAUCAGCACUAUUGCUUUUUAAACAAACCUUUGGUUUUCAGAAUACAGCCGUGAUCAAUUACUCAAGUGUCAUUUUGGGCCCCUGUGGGUUUAUUGAAGCUUGUGUUUUUUUGGGGGUGGUGUUAUCAAAUUUAGACAUCUUUGCAUGAGUUAUAAAUGGACAGGCACAAAUAACAUUUCAAAAAUUUAUCCACAAUGCUCUGGCACAACUCAAAGAAAUCUGCUUCACUUGGUCAUUAAAGGCCAAAGUAUGCUUCUGUUUUCUACGUGCCGGUAUAUCUUGCGUAAUUGCAUCAUACAUUCGGGCUGCUCACUUGCAGCUCAGUUUUUCUAAACACACGAAUGCCCCAAGUGAACUUCGGUUUAGAUGCAAACUCUUGUAGUAUGCAUCAUUCAGUGCUCAAUCACUCUACUUCUGAAAUUUACGGCACGCGUCCUGUACGCAGAUGCCUUGCAUCUUUGUGCACCGUCACGCAAAACAGUCGUAGAGCGCGUGCAGUGAAUGCAUCCGCAAUGGCUCGCAUUCAAAAAGUAUGCUUUAAAAAGGCUGAAGUGCUUGAGUGUGUGCAAGAUGGAAAGCACUCUGCUGAUGACCAAACUUGUGUCGAGCAGCCUGUAGUCAGAAGCCUAGCAUUCGCAUCUAACUGAAGUAUACUUUGGGCUUAACAGACAUUGGUGCAGGAAAAAAAAACAGUUGUAGCGAAUACAUCCCUUUGGACUCACGUUCAAAAGACAAUACUUAAGGCUAAAGUGCUUCACUGUGUGCUAGAUGGAAAGACACACGGAUAGACCGUGUACCUUAGCCUUUACUGUGCUGUUGGUUUCAGAAACCACUUAAAGGACUUUUUGCGAACUUCCGCCAGACUUGGCUGCUGAAUAAGGCCGAGAACAUCCCCUCGACUAUACACCCUCUUUCCAAAACCCAACCCUAUAAAGAUGUUUCAGCCAACGUGACGUCAGCAAGCUUGAAUAUGCAAAAUGGUGGACAGGCAUGGACGUUUCUGAUUGGCUAAGAAAGGGUGGGUCGUUCCCCUGACUCACUGUAAUGCGUGUGAUUUCUCAAUAAGCUUGUUUUACAUUUUCUGUGUGGUAUUGAACAGCUUUUUAUUUUUACAGCGCUUUGAAUAAAAAUGUGACCGUGAGCAUUUUGUCAUUUUCCACAGCCAUUUAUCGAUGUGUAUUUUGUACGAAUGUGGGAAAAUGUUUGGGCUCUUAAUCCAUUAAAACACACUGUAUGUCCACGCAUCAAGAUUUUUCUGAAUGAAUUUAGGAAUUUGGCUUUUCAUUUGUUGUGCGUUGGGUUGUA